GUCUGAACUCAGUAGCAUUCUAGCCAUGCUAACAGGAUCGCUAGAUUGAAGAAGAGAACGACCCUCGAUAUGACAAUGAUGAUGAUGAUAUUUUCGACUCGUCUUCACAGCAUCCGUUCCAUGAUCAUAAUCCGUGGGCAUCAGAUCCACCCGAUCCUGAUGAAGGUGACAUAGACCGUGUCGAAUAUUCCACAGGUCCGGGCGGGGUAACUUUUACACGCGUAAUUUACCGUUCAAACCCGAAUGAAGGAUUCAUGGGCCCAGGAACACAGAACAAUCCUCUUCUACAGAAUUUCCAGACAAUGCUGCAGGGCAUGAUGGGUCCCCAGUUUGCCCGCAAUCAACCAGCGACACAACAGGGCGGUCCGCAAGCACACCCCCAAGCAGGAGCAGGAGCAGGAUCGAACGAUGGACAACAACCAGGCCACCGAGAAGGCGAUGGCGCACAUAAUCCACAGCAACAGCAUCAGUGGCAAGGAGUACAUCAGGCCCCUGGUAUCAGAAUAGGUUAUAAUGCGAGGUUAUACCCACGAGAUGCCAAUAAUCCACAGCCGCAACAGGAGCCUUUUGGCGGUUUGCAGGAUGUCCUUGGAGCUCUAUUUCAACAGAUUAACGAUGCUAGUCAGCCCCAGGCCGGGGGUGGCAACGGACCCGGCGCCGGCCCCGCCAAUCCGCUCGCCGCAAUCCUAGCAUCAAUGUUCAAUCCGGCGGCAGCCGCCCACGGGGAUGCAGUCUACACGCAGGAAGCUCUCGACAGAGUCAUUUCCCAGCUCAUGGAACAAAAUGCAACGGGGAACGCUCCCGGUCCCGCCACGGAAGAGGCCAUUGCCGCUCUACCAAAGAAGAAGGUCGACCAAAGCAUGCUGGAUGAAAGCACAGGCACAGCCGAUUGCAGUAUCUGUAUGGACCCCGUCGAGAUCGGCUCUGACGUGACCGUUCUGCCUUGCCGGCAUUGGUUCCAUGAACAGUGUAUCGGCGCUUGGCUCGGCGAGCAUGAUACUUGCCCGCACUGCAGAAAGGGAAUCAUGCCCAAGGAGGGCGAAGGUGAGGGCAACGGCCAUGGCCAAGGUGCUGUCCGCACACCCGGCCAGGAACCUGCAAAUUCCCAACCAUCAGCCACAAGUCCUUGGCCUGAAGCAGCGCCGCCUGAGGGCAGCCGUACCAACCCCAUCUCAAUCGGGAGCGAGACUGGAAGCCCACCUCCUCCUGCUCCAGCUUCAGUGCCUGGUAUCCAGCGGCAUGGGUCCGUUCCCGCAACUGAGCAUGCUUCUGGGAGUGGAGAAGGUCAUUCUGGAGGAGGCGGUCUAGGCUCCAGAGUGCGAGGAUGGUUCAGCGGAAGCAAUCAUAGUCAAUCUCCGUAGAGCAUUUCAUCUCUGCAUUAGCCGCGCUUGCCCUCCAUCUCCUUUCUCCUUUUCCUUUUCUUCUCCUUUCUUUUUUUUUUUUUUUUUUCUUUUUCUUUUCUUUCUCUUUACCUUUCGUUUCGUGAUGAACAUCACACGCUUAGAUUCCCGCUGGCGGAUCCAUUAAAUUUUCUUCCUCUUCUUCCUCUUCUUCCUCUUC